GUGACAGCCCGACGUCACGCGAUUUUGUCAUGUUGGCGGCAGGGCUUCGGAAAUUCAAGUGUAAACGCGUGAUUGCUCGCAGCGCGAGCUACGAAGCGACUCGAAACAACAUUAAAAUUGACUCCGACACGACGGUGAUCGUCCAGGGGAUCACGGGCAAAAUGGGCACGCUUCACACGAAACUCAGAGCUGAGUACGGCACGAAAUUCGUCGGAGGGGUGUCCCCGAAAAAGGGAGGAACGCGACACCUCGGGCUGCCGGUGUUUUCGAGUGUGCUCAGCGCUAAGGAAGCGCUCAAGCCCGACGCGACGGUGAUAUUCGUCCCCGCCCCCCAAGUAAGGGAGGCCAUCAUGGAGGCGGUCGACGCCGAGCUGCCUCUCGUGAUUUGCAUUACGGACGGUGUUCCCAUCAAAGACAUGGUGUAUAUUACUCACGCGCUUCGUUCCCAGUGUAAGAGCAGGAUGAUCGGCCCCAAUUGUCCUGGAGUCUUGGCCGCCGGGCGGUCCAGUAUCGGGAUCGUACCGAACGCGGUCUCGAAACGCGGAUGCGUCGGGAUAGUGUCCAGGUCCGGCACGUUGAGCUACGAAGUUAUCAACCAAACGACCGCCCUGGGUUUGGGCCAAACGUGGAGCGUCGGUAUCGGAGGAGAUCCUUUCCCGGGCAGCAGUUUCGUCGAUUGUUUGCAGAUCUUUCUCGAAGAUGAAACGACGCGUGCCAUCGUCCUGAUCGGUGAGAUCGGCGGAGAAGAAGAAGAAAAAGCAUCAGACUAUCUAAGGGAGCACAACCAUCGGUGUUGCCACAAGCCUGUGGUCGCCUACGUUGCCGGAUUGGUCGCGCCGGUCGACAGACGCAUGGGCCACGCGGGGGCCAUUAUCACCAGGGGCAAAGGGAGGCCCGAGGACAAGGUCAGGGCAUUGAGGGACGUAGGCGUCAUCGUGACGAAAUCCGUCGCCCAAAUCGGGCCCGCUCUGCGCGACGUCAUGGCCCGAUCGAAGCUGAUUUGAAUUUAAUCACACCACCGAAU